AUGUCUAGCUUCAAGCAUGCAUUUAUCUUGUCGCCAGAUCAGGUUCGAGCAGCUACUCCUCCAGGCACAAUUUCCAUAUCAGCAUAUGCCUUGCAUGAGCCUGAGCGUAGGGAAUUAGCUCGAGAUCGUGAAUUGGUGCUCAUGCCUCAACCUAGCUCAAGCCCGGCGGAUCCACUUAACUGGACAACCUGGCGCAAAAUUGCUACUUUGACCUGUAUGUCGCUAUAUGCGGCUAUUGGCAACUUCACUUCCGCGUCUAUCGCGAGCGCGUUCCCCCCUUUAUGCCACUCCGGUGGCUUUUAA